AGAGCUGCAGCAACAGCGUCUCAACCUGGGAUGUGCACCAACCCCGGAGAGCGAGAUCAAAGGGACUGGAAACAGACUGGGGACUGGCGGGGGGAGGGGGCCGGCCAGCCUGUGGAGUCCUCCCUGAGAAGCGGAGGGCCCGGCUUCCACCGUGACUCCAGCGGCCUGCUUGGGGUUUUAAUUAUUAUUUUGAAAUUUCUGAAUCGAGCUAGAGCGAGAAAGCGAGAGAUCUCCGUAGACUGCGACUCGCUGGCUCUCGCUCCGAGAUGAUGCAGAGUGCGACUGUCCCCGCGGAAGGGGCUGUCAAGGGGCUCCCGGAGAUGCUAGGUGUGCCGAUGCAACAGAUUCCCCAGUGUGCUGGCUGCAACCAGCACAUCCUGGACAAGUUCAUCCUGAAGGUCCUGGACAGACACUGGCACAGCUCCUGCCUCAAGUGUGCAGACUGCCAGAUGCAGCUGGCGGACAGGUGCUUCUCCAGGGCUGGGAGCGUCUACUGCAAGGAGGACUUCUUCAAGCGCUUCGGCACAAAAUGCACGGCCUGCCAGCAGGGUAUCCCCCCAACCCAGGUGGUCCGCAAGGCCCAGGACUUUGUCUACCACCUGCACUGCUUUGCUUGCAUCAUCUGCAACCGGCAGCUGGCCACGGGGGACGAAUUCUACCUCAUGGAGGACGGGCGGCUGGUGUGCAAGGAAGACUACGAGACAGCCAAGCAGAACGAUGACUCAGAGGCUGGAGCUAAGCGGCCCCGGACCACCAUCACAGCCAAGCAGCUGGAGACAUUAAAGAAUGCAUACAAGAACUCCCCCAAGCCUGCCCGGCACGUGAGGGAGCAGCUGUCCUCAGAGACAGGCCUGGACAUGAGGGUCGUACAGGUUUGGUUUCAGAACAGAAGGGCCAAAGAGAAACGUCUGAAGAAGGACGCAGGGCGGCACCGCUGGGGGCAGUUCUAUAAGAGCGUCAAGAGGAGCCGGGGCAGCAGCAAGCAGGAGAAGGAGAGCUCUGCAGAGGACUGUGGGGUUAGUGACAGUGAGCUGAGCUUCCGAGAGGAUCAAAUUCUCUCAGAACUUGGCCACACCAAUAGGAUUUAUGGCAACGUGGGGGACGUUACAGGCGGACAGUUAAUGAAUGGGAGCUUCUCCAUGGACGGGACAGGACAAUCCUAUCAGGACUUGAGGGAUGGGAGCCCCUAUGGAAUCCCCCAGUCUCCAUCCUCCAUAUCGUCCCUGCCAUCCCACGCUCCUUUGCUCAAUGGGCUGGAUUACACGGUGGACAGUAAUUUGGGCAUCGUUGCGCAUGCAGGGCAGGGAGUAAGCCAGACGCUGAGAGCCAUGGCUGGGGGACCCACCUCUGACAUCUCCACAGGAAGCAGUGUAGGCUAUCCCGACUUUCCAACUAGCCCAGGCUCUUGGCUCGAUGAAAUGGAUCAUCCUCCUUUUUAAACUUCUCUCCUCCCCACCCUACCUGCCCCCCUGGCUUGAGAGAAUAUCUUCAAGGAUCAAAAGAGACUUGCCUUUUAAGGAUGGAAAGUACGCCAAUGUGAAUUUCCAUUAUUUUCAAUGGAAGUCCUCCGCUGAUUCCUAGAAGGCUGUGAGACCACACUAGGGCAUUGUUUCCCUGGGGAAGCAGUGGGAGAGCAGCCUCAUCUCAGAACACAGCACAGGGGGUAAUGGCCUAGAGCUCUAGGGACACUGGCUUGUUGGGUCUCUCCCCUGCUGUUCUGCUUAGGGGCUUGGCUGCUCAGUGCUUUGGUAGCACAAGGUGACUGUGAUAGGCCCCCUUGGCCUUUGGGAACUUUGCUCCAACUGGUGUGUCUCACACAAUGCCUCCCAAAACACUGCUCUCACCAGAACUGAGACUCCUAAGGUAGAGGCCUCACAGCCCUUGAGUAAAAUAAAAGUGAUUUCUGGACCAUCCUUAUUGAACCCUAUAUUUCAAAAUGAAAAGAUCAGUUAUUAAAGGUCAGUGAACACUUUGAUGGCCAGUUUGAUAUUAAAAACAUGCCCCCUCCUUUUUUAUUUUUAUUGUUGCUGUGAAGAUAUGAAUUCUUUCCUACAAACCAGAGAAUAUGAACUUGUUUUGGUUUUUAAGUCCCAUCUAUAUCAUUGACUCUGAUGGCAAGAGGUGGUUUUCAUUGCAGGUGACUGAGGCUGAGCUGAGUAGCCCUGGACCACCGCUGCAGACUGCCUGAGUCGUCCCCUUGGUGCACAGUGUGCCUUCUUCAAUUGCUUGUAUCAUUUAUUCCACAAGACAGGCUGUGGGCUGUAAAAUGAGCAAAACUAAAAUGUGGGGAGAACAAAAUGACAAUCAGUGAACAUUUGUAGACACAUUUGGAUUCCAAACCUGCAGUCUGUUCAGCCAUAUCAGCUGAUGCCAGUCUUCCAGAGUUCCCCAUCCCUUGUAGGGUGAAAUAUUUGGAGUCUGUUUUGAAGGAGUUGGUUUAGAUGAGCUUGCAAGUCUACCCCUCUGCCCCCUUAAUAAUGAAAGCUUUCUCUGGCUGUCCUAGCUGACUCAAUUGGAGGACAGUUUUGGUCAUUUCCAGGAACCAGCAAUUUUUUUUUGGCCUACCUUGGUUGGGAAGAGUAAUUUAGGGAGCAGCCCUAAAAUUUGUCCAAAGGGUUCUAAGUGGUUCUUGGGCUGCAUCUCUCUGGAUUGCUGGCUGGACACCUGCCAUGCCUUGGGUUGCAGUCCCAUGGUCAGAAAGCCAGAACUCUCUGGCCAGUGGUGGUGCAGGGACUCCCCGUUGUGCAGGUUUGCAGUAGCAAAUCACUAAGCCUGAGGCCAGAGCAAGGCCAACCCCCGCUUUACGAGUUGCCACUCCUGCGACAGACUGCACUGCUGUGGGAAAUGCUGUCCUGAAUGGUGCUGCAGCUCCCACCCACCUUGUGCACCCAUCUACCAUCAGGAAGCUCUCCAUGUGCAAACUGGAAUUUAGCCAGCUGGAAUUUAUUCCUGUCCCUCUGGGAAGCUGUGGUUUGCUUCUUCUGGCCUCCCAUUCUCUUAAAUGAGAUCAGCAGAGUAGGAAAGGGUGAGAAGGCAUUGCCUAUCACAUGAAGUGAUGGGGCCAGAGAUCCUAAGGACCCUUCCUUCUACGAAUGGUUGAUCACCUUUUGAGGACUGCAAAGACUUAGGCAUGUCAUAGGCAGACUAAAGGAAGAAUACACAGUUCCUCUUGGACUGCUACAUCUUUUGUAAGCCCUUUUCCAGGACUAAACUAAGUUCAAUUAAGUUCUUUAAAACAGUAAAUUCUGGGAUCAGCCUUCGGGCCCUCUUCUCUGACCAAUUUUAUAGUGUACCCUCAUUUUUUGGUGUGCUACAGUGGUCAUGAUUUUUGCUUGAGAAGUCUGCAAACAUAGACACUUCUCUUGAGGUUCCAUGUUUAUGGAUGAUGUUGUGUUAAUCCUAGCCAAUUCUGUGCUAUUGGGAAUUCUCCAAUCAUGAACAUUGGGGUGGGGAGGAAGACACAAAUGCCAUGUGAGGAAAGGAAAAUGCAGUCGUCUUUUUGGAGGAUGGCUUUUUAAAUACACCCUUCUUAGCAGGCUGCUUAAAAUACACAGGAGAAAAGGCUCUGCUGGGCAAUGAACCAGUUGAAAAGCUGCCCACCCAGAUCACUGUUGCAGGUUGACUAUUUGGCUUAGCAACUCAUGGGAUUUCAGAGGCCCUUGAAGUUUUUGGUGAGUAUAGUGUGGGGGAGAGCAGGCUUUUUAAAAGGCAGGGGGCAUCCUCCUCUGUGUAGCACUAUUUAAGAUCACUGUAAGUUGACCAGUUUUUGUAAGUUAAUCAAUCAUACUAAUUCCCAGUUCAACAGUGGAAGGAGAGGCCUUCCUCAUUUAUACUAAUAUAAUAAAUCUCUUGAGGAACUCAGUGAGCAGUUGACGAGGUCAAUAGUUCUUUGGCGUCAGUAGGGCUGGUUAGCUGGAAAAACCCUUGAGAGCACUGGCCUGAAAACCAGGAGAGCUUUGUUUUCCAGAGCCACCUCCCCAGAAAGCAGCAAACAAACAUUGCUGCCUGUUUAGAAGCACAGCCACAGUAGGUCUAAGAUUUUAAAUGGAUCUCCCUACAGGUUGGGUUAGCAUUAUGGGUGAGCUGGUGCCACUAAUGAGCCAUUGCAUGACAAGACUCUUCUGGGGUUGGAAAUGGAGAAAAGCCGGGCAUUCAUUAAUUACUUUUAGCUUCUCUUAGAGGCACUCCUCUAUUGCUUGGAAGUCUAUUAUGGGGUAUAAGGUGCUACAUGGUAGCUGUUUCCCCCCUUGCUCAAAUGACAUGGAUGAAUUUUAAAAAUGAAAUGAGACCUUCUAGAGGCAACCAUUAUCUGCAGUGCCUGGCUGGUCGACUUUAGAGUAGGAAGCUCUUGAAUCCAGGAGCAAAUUAGUUAAAACCCCAAGUUCCAGUGGUAACUGGUAUAAGCAAAAUGGAAACUGAGGGGCUAUGGAGGAAUCUCUGUUUGUUGGAACGUAAUGAAACCAUGGAGGAAAUACCAGAUUUAAGGGCUAAGAAGCUGGCCCGAUGGGUAAAUCAGUGUUGGGAGUCAGGUUCUUGGCCCUUCAAGGACUUGCUAUGCAACCUCAGGCAAAUUCCUGUCAGUCUUUGUGCUUUCUCUUUCUUGUCUCAUCUGACAGUUAUGAAUAUAACGUAAAAUAAAGAUCAACUAUCAUUGAUAACACUGUUCCUGCAAAUGAAUACUGUGAAACAUCAGGGAAAGAGGAAAAAAUUAAGACACAAGAAAAGCAUUUGGCAGUGUCCUUAAACUUUUUUGGGGGGGGGCAGUGUAAAACAUGAAACCUAGUAAGAUAAUUGGGCCAUUAGAUCUUCAUCAUUAAACUCACUUUGCAAGGAAGUGUAAGAAAUCUGUAAAACAAGAGACAUUCCUAUCUCAGAAGCUCAAGCUGGUGAUUUCCAACUGCCUCUUUACAGGAGGGGGCUCAAGGCUUCUGAUGAGCAAAGGCUGUGUGUUGUAUGACAGUCCACUCUCUGCACCUACACUUCCACAUGCCAUGACUGACAACUUGGUUAUAACCAUGAAAAUAAUGACCAUACCUCCCCAGCCAGCAGGGUCUGGAAGGCCUGAGGAGGCUCAUUUUUAAACACUGCACUUUAAAAAUUGGAAACCGUGAGAUGAAGAAAAAUUCAAUUAAGCGGAAAUGAGUUUUGUUUUAUUGCCUGCUGCUGAAGGGCUCUGGGCAUGCUGAAAGCUAAAUGAAAAGCACAUCACUGGCUCUCUCUUUCUUGGAUUGGUCAAUUGGCCCUUUUUGCAGUAGUUGCUCCAACUGUUCUAAACACAGUGAGUGACUGGAGCCAAAAAGAGAGAGCUCAGCAAAGCCAUCCCAUCCACACUCUGCUUGGUAGGACCACACUAAAAGCACAGUUUCAUGCUGCUAGCUCUGGUAAGGAGACAGCUGCAGGUUUGGGAGGUGCACCAAGCAUUCCUUUGCUUAGGGAGGCAGAGCACAGGUGAACAGAGGAAGGACACCCCCACUCUCAUCUAUUGCCCACUGAAAGGCAAGAAUCACACCAACUUUCCCACUUGAGGACUGUGUUCAGCCAAACAAGCAGGUUCAGGGCUGCGGGAUUCCAGAAGUUGCUCUGAGCUUGCAAUCAGACCUCAAAGCCCCAGAUCCCCUCAGCUCUGGAUCGUUGCCCUCAUCCUUCACAAUGUAAAUUUUGUACAGUUAAAGAGAAAUGAAGUCUCGUUUCCUGGGGAAAGAAAAAAAAAAAAGAAAAAAAAAAAAGGACCCACCCAUCCUUAUUUAUUGCCAUAUGACUUUGGAAAACAGAAGCUGGUGCGUUUGUUUGUAUAUGCCUCCUGUGUGUUGGCAUGAGAUGUGUACGGUAAAAUUAUGUAAAAUAAAUAUGGAAAUUCUUUAGA